AGAAGCCCUUCUCAAACCUCUGUCCUGAGAGUGCAGGAUGAAGGUGGUUAAACUCCAGCACCUAUGUCAGGUGCUCCUUACUGUGCAUCAUGCUGCAAGAAGAGUGACCCUUUGCCCUCUCUUCACAAUGGAGGACUCAGGAAAGACUUUCAGCUCCGAGGAGGAAGAAGCAAACUACUGGAAAGAGCUGGCUAUGACCUACAAGCAGAGGGCGGAGAAUACCCAAGAGGAACUCCGAGAAUUCCAGGAGGGAAGCCGAGAAUAUGAAGCUGAAUUGGAGACGCAGCUGCAACAAAUUGAAACCAGGAAUAGGGACCUCCUCUCAGAAAAUAACCGCCUUCGCAUGGAGCUGGAAACCAUCAAGGAGAAGUUUGAGACGCAGCAUUCGGAGGGCUACCGGCAGAUCUCAGCCCUCGAGGAUGACCUAGCCCAGACAAAAGCCAUCAAAGACCAACUGCAGAAGUACAUCAGAGAACUGGAGCAAGCCAACGACGACUUGGAACGAGCCAAACGGGCUACAAUCAUGUCUCUGGAAGACUUUGAGCAGCGCUUGAAUCAAGCCAUUGAGAGAAACGCUUUCUUGGAGAGCGAGCUGGACGAGAAGGAGAACCUCUUAGAGUCUGUGCAGCGGCUGAAGGAUGAAGCCAGAGACUUGCGGCAGGAGCUGGCUGUGCAGCAGAAGCAGGACAAGCCCAGGACCCCCAUGCCCAGCUCGGCGGAAGCGGAAAGGAUAGACACGGCCGUGCAGGCCACUGGCUCCGUGCCGUCCACGCCCACCGCGCACCGAGGCCCCAGCUCCAGCGUCAACACACCGGCCACCUUCAGGAGAGGUCUGGAGGACUCUGCAGGGGGGACCCCCCUUACCCCUGCAGCCCGGAUAUCGGCCCUCAACAUCGUGGGAGACCUGCUGCGGAAAGUCGGGGCGCUGGAGUCCAAACUCGCAUCUUGCCGGAACUUUGUCUAUGAUCAGUCCCCGAACCGAACGAGCGGCCCGGCCUCCGGGAGGGGCGGCAAGAGCAGAGACGGCGGCGACCGACGGCCAGGCAGCGCCAGCGUGCCUCUGGGUGACAAAGGGUUGGGGAGACGCCUGGAAUUUGGGAAGCCGCCUGCAAAUACUUCUUCGCCUUCGCUGCCGUCGGUCAGGGUGUAGUCAGGAUGUUACUUUAGGAAAAAGCCGGAGCCCUGGUGUCGGUGUGGGACUCGCCGCCUUUCUUCCUCUCUAGAAGCUACUAGGGCUUUGGUGUUUGGGUUGUUUUUUUCCCCCCUUUAUUUUCUAAGGUAGUUUAAGAGUUCCGAGCAAGCAGUCACACUGGCCAGUGACCGAGACCACGUCCUGGCCCGCCGGUGGUUGACCUGUGGAAUGUCUCCCCACCCCGGGCCUCCUUCCUGGUGUGUUGCAAAUAGAAAGGGACAAGCCGGGUCUUCUGGGAGGGCCCUAAGGUGGGUGCCGAGCCGCGCCACCAUUUUGAACUCAGCUACGGGACUUGAGCGUUGUUCUGAAUUUGGGAGAUGCCUCCGAAGUGGGAUCUGAGCCUAACCCCACCGCACCCCGCUGGAACUGCCUCCCAGAAUAAAGCCUCCCGGUGCCCUAUGGCCCAGCAGUGAUGGGCGAGCUCGAUCACGUCUAGGAGCAGAGAAUAGGAUGGGCCAGUGCCUUCUUUUUAUACUGUGGUGUCGUCAGCCUGUGAGACUUUAUCUGCCUCAUUCAGGUCUUUAAAGCUGCUUCAGGGUGAAUGUCGUGUUGACCAAGGAAUGGAAGAAUCUGGGUCCUUAGGUCAGUCCACUGUCAGCAGUCCUCUCUGUAGCCCCCUACUGUGGGGGAGACCUCCCAUACAUGACCCGAGGUCAUGGGGGAGGCGUCACCACCCUUCAGAAUAGUGCUUCACUCAGAGCCGUAGGGAAGUAGUCGGGGCGGCCGUCAAAUCAGAUGAACACACCAGGCUGGACGCCUGUCGGAGGAGAGAAGGACCCAGGACUGGCGGCGCCAGGGCUGCGUCUGCAUGGGGUAGACAUACCGCCGAGGAGCAGGCCUGCCGUCUGGCCCUGAGCUACUUUUCUGAAAGAACAGCAAAAGUACCCUCGUGAUGGAAACGCGCCAGAGGCCACGGCCAUGUGGCAGAGUCAAACUUCAGGGCCCAAUUCUCUGCCUAGAAACACCCUAACCUCUCCGUAAAAGAUGUACCUUUAUUUUUCUAAAAGAACAAUAAAAUCAGGAGAAAUGAG